GCGGCCGGCAUGGAGCUCGCGGAGGCGCGACUGGGACCGGCGCACGGCAUAGCGGCGGCCGUGACAGCCCUGAUUCCCUCCAGCCGCUGUUCCCUGCUCCACGUUCCCGGACCCUAGACGCCUCUUCCUCGCGCGUGUCCCUCUCCCUAUGGAUUCCUUUCAGACUGGACAGAUGCUGAGCUUGCCGGCUGAGCUCGGCAGCAAUAACUUAGAUCUGGCAGAGCCGGAUGCAUCAGCGGCCCGCGGAAACAAGGGUCCCCACCCGGAGGCGGCUACAGAAGGCCCCGCACCUCUACUGACGCGGCCGCCGGAGCAAGAGCAGCCUCCAAGGGCUUCGACGCCGGAGUGCAAAGUCCUGCUCACGCAGGCCGACGCCCUGGCGUCUGGGGGGCGCCUCCGGGAAGCCCUCGAGGUGUACCGACAGCUCUCGGAGCGGCAGCAGCUGGUGGCCGAGCAGCUGGAGCAGCUGGUGCGCUGCCUGGCCGAGAACGUCCCGCAAGGGGAGGCGCCGGCGCCCACGGACGGGAGCCGCGCGGUUGCGGCGGAAGAGGCAGGGGCGGCGACGGCCGCCGAGACCACCGAGGUGUGGGACGGCUUCAAGUGCCGGAAGUGCCAUGGAUUUCUCUCAGACCCCGUGUCCUUGUCCUGCGGCCACACCUUUUGUAAACUGUGCCUGGAACGCGGACGGGCAGCCGACCGGCGCUGUGCGCUGUGCGGGGUCAAGCUUUCCGCGUUGAUGGUGGCCACCGGACGGGCGCGCGGGGCCCGGCGGGCUGGGCAGCAGGCGCCGCCGCCGCUACGGGUCAACGUGGUGCUCAGCGGCCUCCUCGGCAAGUUGUUCCCGGGCCCCGCACGGGCGUCGCAACUCCGGCACGAGGGCAACCGGCUGUACCGCGAGCGCCAGGUGGAGGCGGCGCUGCUCAAGUACAACGAGGCAGUUAGGCUGGCUCCAAAUGACCACUUGCUUUACAGCAACCGGUCUCAAAUUUAUUUCACCUUGGAGUCUCAUGAGGAUGCACUGCAUGAUGCAGAAAUAGCAUGUAAGCUCCGCCCCAUGGGGUUUAAGGCACACUUCAGAAAAGCCCAAGCCUUAGCCACCCUGGGCAAGGUGGAGGAAGCACUAAGGGAGUUUCUCUAUUGUGUGUCCCUCGAUGGAAAGAACAAAAGAGCAAGGUCUGAAUCCCAAAGGCUUCUCCUUAGUUUCUUUUCACCAUCAGUCCCGGGGGAUUCUCAGGAACAUUCUCCUGAUAUCCUGAAGCUGUUGGCACCUCACCCUAGAUUAAAGGAACACGUAGAGUCAAUGGCUACUGAAGGCAUCCGCCAUAAUCUACCGAACUUGUCACAGGAAACGCUGGAGCUCCCACACUGUUCCAGUCAGGAGGCAGCGGCAGCCAGGGGAGGCCAGGGAGGAGCAGAGGAGGGGAGGGGGAACGCUGCCUCCAGCAAGACUGGCAAAUGCCAGGAGAAGAAAAGGAAGCACUGUCAGACUGAAGCCCAAGACCCAGAGGUGCCUAAGAAAGCCUCCAAGCCAGAUCCUCCCACUGAUCCAGGGGCCAAACCUGCUCUCAGUGUUCCGCUCGCAUCUUUUGACGCCUCCGACCUUGAAUGCUCCCUCUGUAUGAGAUUAUUCUAUGAGCCAGUCACAACACCUUGUGGACACACCUUUUGCUUAAAAUGCCUUGAAAGAUGCCUAGAUCACAAUGCGAAGUGUCCACUGUGCAAAGAUGGCCUUUCACAGUGCUUGGCAUCAAGAAAGUACAGCAAAAAUGUCAUAAUGGAAGAGCUAAUAGCUAAAUUCCUUCCAGAAGAACUCAAGGAACGAAGGAGGCUUUAUGAAGAGGAAAUGGAAGAACUUUCUAACUUAAAUAAGAACGUGCCUAUUUUUGUGUGUACCAUGGCCUAUCCCACGGUUCCCUGUCCCCUGCACAUCUUUGAACCUUGUUACCGGCUGAUGAUUCGUAGGUGCAUUGAGACAGGCACAAGGCAGUUUGGCAUGUGCCUUGGAGAUCCUGUCAAAGGGUUUGCGGAAUAUGGCUGCAUCCUAGAGAUCAGAAAUGUUCAGUUCUUUGCCGAUGGCCGCUCGGUGGUUGACAGCAUAGGCAAGAGGCGCUUCAAGGUCCUCCAUCAGGGCCAGCGGGAUGGUUACAACACAGCUGACAUCGAAUACAUUGAAGACCAAAAGGUUCAAGGAGAGGAUUGUGCUGAGCUCAUGGGAUUACAUAACUGUGUCUAUGAGCAAGCGUCAUCAUGGUUUCAUUCACUCAAAUCAUCUCUGAAGAAUCGGAUACUCAAUCAUUUUGGCCCAAUGCCAGAAAAGGAUGCUGAUCCCCAGAUCAACCCGAAUGGUCCAGCCUGGUGCUGGUGGACGUUAGCGGUUCUUCCAUUGGAAAGCCGAGCUCAGCUCCCGUUCCUAGCAAUGAGGUCCUUAAAGGAUCGACUGAACGGUAUUCGGCGGGUCCUGGCCUUUAUAUCCCGAAACCAAAACUAGUGAGUGGAUUGCUGCAAAGGAGCUCCCACGCUCCCCCACUGCCCUGGGGGAGUCGUCUUGUAAAUAUAUCUAAUUGCAAUAACAUCUGAGAAGGAAGUAUCAAACAGAGGCAUUAUCCUGCUAUGAAUCACAGAGAGAAAUUAAGUAGAAAGAGCGAACGGAUGUGACCUGUUUGAAACUUUCUUUCUUAAGAUGCUUCUUGACAUGCUGCACAACUACAUGCACAGCAGAGGUUGUUUAAGAGCCCAGAAGAAAAAAAAAAUUUUUGAUUUUGACAUAAAAAUUUUCUCAAAGUUUAAAGUGGUUUUGCUUUAAUUUUCUGUCUUUCAUAGAUGAAUGACUGUGUGGUUGAAAUGUGAAGCCAAGUCACUAAUCAUGUUGUGCAUUUUUUCCCUGACUUGUGGUCUCAUUCCAAACAGUUCAGGUUUUACAUGGCAUUGUGUAAAAUAAUGUUCAUACUUCUUUCUGUUUUAAUAAUUUAUUUUUGCACUACUGUAUCCUUUUUCUCCUCAUGUAUGUAUGUAACUAUUAAGUGUGCAUUACUGAAAAUUAUUUAUUGAUGUGGUUUUCCAUGUACCUAGGGGGAAGUAACAAUACUAGAAAUGUGCAAUAUUGCUUUAACCGAUUUUGCUAUAUUUGAUCCCAGUUCUUGAACCAUUUUUGUAUCUAUCAGGAUCAUGCUAAGAUCAUUUAUCUUCACAGAUUCCCUUUUGCUUUCAGCUUGAAUCAAACAAUAUAAAAUACUUAAGGGAUUUGUUUUCGCUUAUGGAAUAAGCCAGGGUAAAGUAAACUAAUCCACUUUCUACAUGUUAUACAGAGCCAGGCUGAAGGAAUUAUUUUUCUGGAAUCAAUAGAUGAAUUAGAGGAGUGUCUUUUAUUACAAUCUAUUAUAGGCAUUUAUUUCUGCAAUCUAAUUAUAAGUAUAUCUUAAUUUCUGCCCAGUGCAGUUAAGAAUGGAAUUUUUAGGCAGGAGAAUAUUUAACCCUUCAGAGGGAAUGGUUUUUGGUCUGGCGUGUCACAGUCAUGCCCAGCUAGCCUCCACACCCCACCUUUUCCCAGGGUUCUGAGGAUCUGGACCUGGCUACCAUGUGUGGAAACACUUGAUGAAGGACUGUCCAUUAUGAAAAGUGUAAAGAAGCCAGGAACAAAAGUAGAACCCUUAAAAAAAUCCUCAAACUAUCUUUUUGGUUUUUGAAUCUUUUUAAAGGAAGCAGACAAUCCAUGAUUUUAUCUAAAGACUAUCUUUCCUCCUAGCUGCAAUGGGCCAGAGAGUUCAGUACAGGGGAAGAAUAGUGGUCAGGAGGUAAGAGUGAGCCCUUGUCUAGCUGGUUUACUGCUAGUUUGAUGUCAUUAGUGCCAGGAGAACCUGAAAAAUACCGUGAGUCCAAGAGUGUUAUAAUGACAGAGUGAAAAGAUUAGGGCAGGGAAGAAGUGAAUCGUGUUGUUCCUCCCUUCAAGCAAAUUAUCCCCCCGCCACCAUGUGAUUCCGGACAGCUGCAGUGUGUGACUCACAUGCGGCCCAUCCACUCUGUUCCAGCCAGAGGUUAAUGCUUCAAGCAAUCAGUCUGACUUCUUCCAUUACCACCUGUGGCCAGAAACAGAGAAGGGAGAAUGAGAUGAUCCAGGUGACAAAAAAGAGAUUCCCGUAAGCAGAAACCAAAUGAUCUUUUCUGCCCUUUCUUAAUGAACACUGUGUUUUCAGAACACUCUGUUACCAGAUUUGAUGCUUGGAGCCCCACUGGGCUGGUAAAGAGUGAAAGUAUAGGCGUGGUUACUGCCACCUGGUGCCCAACCACGUGGUCACAGCACAGUCCUAGUACAACUAGUUGCCUGCUAUCGAAUGUAAAUGAAGCAAAGAAAAGGGUCAUAAAUGUCUCCAGUUGCUAGAUAUGUUACUUUUGUGAUUUCAGUUUCUCCCAGCCCGAGUUUCUCAUCUAGGAAAUGGUGGUGAUAAAUACUGCAUAUAGGGUUAUAACAUUAAAUGAGAUAAUAUAUGUAUAUCACUUAACAUAGUGCCUAGCACAUAGAAGUCAUUUAACAAAUGCUAGCUAUGAUUAGACCAGUCAUAGCUGCAGAAUAUCAUUGGGACUAUAUUUGCAUAAAACCCUGCCUUUACACACAAUACCCAUUUCCAACCUCUUUUAACUUUACUGGGGGAAUCCACACCUUUGAUUUCCAGACCAUAACUUGAUGAUUUACAUGUAGUUCCUUUGGGGGUCAAGUCUGUUUGGGAAAGUGAAAAGACUGGAAAAUACAUGAGAGUCAGAGAUGAGGGAGAAUUCUGUGCCAGGAAAUGUUUCCUCUUUCAAGAGGGCUAAAAAGUAGCGUUGUUCGGAGAUGUAGAAUUUCUGAUAACAUAGAAGCCUUAAGUUCUAGCUCUGUUACCAUGACCAACUCAUCACUCCCUGCUCUCUAAAAUGUAUAAAAUUCCACAUUACAGAAUAUUGCAUGUUGCUAAGUGAGGACCCAACUCCAGCAAAUGUAGAGCUCAGCAGGGCAGAAUUGCACUUUCCUCUCAGUUAGCCUGGAGAUGCAUUGGGGUUAUUUUGCAGCCAGCUUUGGUUUCAGUAGUGGUGGGAGGCAAGUUGCCAGGCUAAGCCUUGGCUUUCUUUGGUAUGUAUUUGAAUGGGGUAAUCAAUUGGACAUGACCAUUUCACCGCUUGUAAAUUGAUUUUACUGCAAAGCUAGGGAAUGAAGCAUAUACAGAGAAAAAAACGUAAGGUUAAAUCUAGACCAGAAGGGCACGACUUCCCCCUUGGUAGAUAGUGCCAUUUAUUUGGUUAGUUUAUUCCUGCCUAUUGUGACUGGCCUAGUCUUUUCCUAGUAGAUUAUUUUGUGUGUGUGUGUGUGUGUGUGUGUGUGUGUGUGUGUGUGUGUGUGUGUGUGUGUAUGUGUAUAUAGAUGUAUAUAGAUGUGUAUAUAUAUGUGUGUGUGUAUAUGUACAUGUGUGUAUAUAUAUUAGGUACCAAGCAGACAUUAUGCCUUUCUGCUUUGUACUGUACUAUUGCUGCUAGCUAAUAACCAGCAAAAUGUAGAAAAUGAAAAAUGAUAAAACUAAUUUUCUGUAGACAACUUGGAGAAAAGAGUGCUUGCCCCUUACUUGAGUGGGGGUGGCAGAGAACUGACUCUGUUGACAAUUUGCCUUUUCUGAAGGCCGACUGCUUCUAGUCCUAUGCUGCCUCAGCAUGCUGGGGCUAGUCGAGUCACUCAUUGCCUGUGUGGCACUUCCAGUUCUGCCUGUGGAGCCGGACUGGGCUCAGAUCAUCCCCUGUGACUGGCCAUUGGAGCAAUGGAGCUCUAAGGCUGGUUCACAGCACCCAGAGGUCUCUUAUUGUCAAUAGAUCACAUACUGUUGAUGAACAGGAACCCAAUGGGGACUGUGUUCCCCACCACCAACUCCAUUUCCAAGAUGGGAAUGUUAUUUGGGGACUUAAUUCUUGAGUUCCCAACUUGUUGACUUUGCAUCCAUUUCUGUUUCCCAAGGCAGAAUCAUAGCAGAGGUGUGUGAUCGAGAUGCAAAUGGAAGGCAGCCCAAAUAAGGGAAAAGGACAGAUUUUUCAGCCCAUUCUUGGGCUUGAGGAGUGAGACUUUGAUUUGAUCAAAGAUAGUUCUAAGAAGCAGCUGGCAGCAUGGGCUGCAAUUUGUGGCCCUUCCUGAGUGCAGUGAGAAAUAAGGAAAGGAGCCAAGUAAAGUAUGUAUUUGGUUCCUCUUAUAAUGAUCACUCCCACUGUUCGACUAUUUAAUAAUCUGGAUUAUGCACAUCCAGAGGUGAAAUGAAGACAUUUUCCCUUACAAAUGGGUAUUUUCAAAUGCGCUAAGUUAACCUUGAGAGAGAAGUGCCUGUAAUCUCUGUUCCUGGUGUCAUUUUAAAGCUUUUGCUUCAUGACUCUGUAGCCAUUUAAAACUUUGUCGCAGCAAAUGUGAUUAACAGAAGUUUACAAAGCAACACUGUAGCUUACGCAUCAUUUUUAAAGUUGCCUGACAUUUAUCUAUCGUCAAAGCAACAAUAAUAAACAACAAAAUCAAAGGAAAGCAAAUAGGUCAAUGUGGCAUCAUAGGCUUACCUUAGAUAAACUAGUUCCAUCAUUUUCUGCAGUUCUCAGUAAUGCCAGGAUUAAAAUAUCAAGCAAGCCAUUUAAACAGUGGCAAAUGUGUCUUUGUGUUUGUAAUUCCAGUUGUUUCUUAUGCAGCCACUUUACUCUUGCACUGUAAUGAACUGAAAGGGGAAUUAAUGCUUUUGUUUUCCUUCCCGUAUUGCUAUUCAACUACCUCUAUAUGCUUGAUGUCUCUUUAGGGUCUUCUUUCCUCCAAAUCUGUGCAAAAGAAGUUUCAGCUCAUCUAUGUUGUAAUAACAAUGUGAUAUAGACAGUCUCUGUGAAAGCUUGUUGUUCAUUAAAAAGUGUUUCCUAUUGUCUCACUUUGUAUCUAGCACAACUGUACCUGUACUUUAGGGCAAGAAUUGCUCGAGUUACUUCAGUAUCUUUUUGUUGAAGCUGAAUAGAAGGGAAAGUGAUCAGAACAUAUAUUUUGUUCUUGUUCCUAUUGAUUGUAAUGCGUCUGACUGGAAGAUCUUGUAAGAAAAUAGACCUGCGCUCAGAAAGCAAGCUCUUAUGUAUGUGACAGUGAGGCAGGUGUGACCUGAUUAAAUUAAUUGUUUAAAAAUGCACCAGAAAA